AUGUUGACUGAAGGAGAUCCAGUGACUCUCAUCUGCAAGGUUUAUGAUUCCUCUGGACAUCCAGUGACUCUCAUCUGCAAGGUUUAUGGUUCCUCUGGACAUUCAGCUGAAACUGAAUUCACUGUAACUGGUUCAUUAGAAAGACCAAAAGCCAAAGUGAGCAUUAAACCUGAUCAACAUGUAUUCGGAGGAGACACAGUCACUCUCAGAUGUGACAUUGAUGGUGAAGGAGUCACUAGCUGGCAGUACAGCUGGUAUAAAGACGGUUCAAACAGUGUUUUCAGUGAACUACAGGAACACACAUUCAGUCCUGUUACUGAGUCUGACGCAGGUAAAUACUUCUGUUAUGGAGCAGAGAGAGGAGGAUCACAAACAUCAAACAUCGGUGAUGCAGUUACACUGACAGUAGUUCCCAGAGCAGUUUUAAGUGUUUCUCCACAGAAGUGGUUGACUGAAGGAAAUCCAGUGACUCUGAUCUGUGAGGUUUACGGCUCCUCUACAGGCUGGACAUUCAGCUGGUACGCGGUUUCAUCAGUGUGGGCAUCACAAACAGGAUCUACAUGUACAUUUAGCUCCACCAUCACAUCAGACACAGGAGUGUACUGGUGUCAGUCUGAAUCUGGAGAGAACUAUCAUCCUGUUAAUAUCACUGUACACUCUGAUGUGAUUCUGGAGAGUCCUGUUCAUCCUGUGACUGAAGGAGAUAAUCUGACUCUACGCUGUUUAUAUCAACAUUCAACCCCACCAAACCUCAGAGCUGAUUUCUAUAAAGAUGAAUCACUCAUCCAGAAUCAAACUACAGAGAUCAUCUCUAAUGUCUCAAAGUCACAUGAGGGUUUCUACUACUGCAAACACUCAGAGAGAGGAGAGUCACCCAAGAGCUGGAUCUCAGUCAGAGUGUCUCAUUCAGAAUCUCAGAUCUCUGUCCUCCACACACUCAGUUCUGUACUGGCAGUUUGUCCAUAUCUUUUAGUAUCAAUCUUUCUGAAAAUCCUGCUUCAUGACCCCUUUAAAGAAGAUGACUUACCCUGGGAGAGAGAGCUCGCAAACGUCUCCUCAACAGAGAGCACGGCUCGCAUAUACAUGCUCAGCCACACCCUCAACAUUAGCAUAAUUCGCAUGCUGAAAGAGAUACAGACGAGCUGA